UUGUGCGCACGCGUCGAUUUUUAAAACAAAAAUCCAAAAACUUAUUUGAAGGACGGUUUUUGUGUGUGGUUUACGUGCUGUGUAUGAUAAAUGUAAUGUGAUUGUGUAUGCGAUUGACAUAGAACCAAGAUGAAGUUGAAAAAUCCUCUGUCCUUACCAAACUUAGCCGAGCUAAGAUGGUUGUUGACUUCGUGCAGCAUCAGUGAGAUGAAUCAAGGCGGGCUGAAACACGCCGCCACCGAGUCGCGGCUCGACAACAAACGAGAGCGACGACGUGGUGCGUCCGGACGCGCGGCGGCGCUGCGGCGCGCGCCGUCCGACUCGGACUGUUCUGGCGAAACCGCCUCGCUGUCCGCCGACAGCGGAGAUCGAGCUGUCCGGCCGGUGCCGCCGCCCACCAGGAUCACCAAGUCGCGCAGCGGCGAUCGAGCUGUCCGGCCGGUGCCGCCGCCCACCAGGAUCACUAAGUCGCGCAGCGGCGAUCGAGCUGUCCGGCCGGUGCCGCCGCCCACCAGGAUCACCAAGUCGCGCAGGGCUGUCCGCCCGGUGCCGCCGCCUAUCAGGAUCACCAAGUCCUGCAGCCGUCGCCGUGGCAGCGAAUGGGAGGUGCUUGAGGGCCUGAAGGACGGCCAGCGCUUCGAGAAGCGGCCGGACGUCUUCAACGGGUACCUGCAUAAGAAGCGCAAAUGGCCGCUCAAGGGAUGGCACAAGCGUUUCUUCGUAGUAGACGGCGGUAUACUAGUAUACGCGCGGUCGCCAACAGAUGUCGCACGCGGCCGCCUGCACGGUUCCGUGGAUGUGGGUCUCUCAGUGAUUUCGGCCAAGGCGCGGCGCCGGCGCAUCGAUAUAGACGCGGACGAGUUUAUAUACCACCUGCGUGCCAAGACGCAGGACGUCUUCCGGACUUGGUUGAGCGUGUUGAAAGCACACAGUUGGGGGUGGACCAGAGUCGAUAGCAACAUGGAGCCUAUAUGGACCGAUUUGCCCGUAGCUGCCAAAGCUUGCCUGGAAAUGCAAAUGAUGUGGCGCCGGCGCAUCGAUAUAGACGCGGACGAGUUUAUAUACCACCUGCGUGCCAAGACGCAGGACGUCUUCCGGACUUGGCUGAGCGUGCUGAAGACGCACAGACUGUACCGACAGCAUCUGUUAACGUUUGGUGCGCGGGAGUCGGUGCCAAAGAUCCACGCGCCUUUAGAGGACCUACCUCCCACAGAGACCUCCUCCCGCACAUCCCGUAUAAGUUUCGCAACUUCUACCUUGACUUCCACCGAAGAUGCCCAUGUACCCGAAUCCAGCAAUUCCCCUUCAUCCCAAACUCCGAAACAAGAAUAUUCAGUUAAAAACCACCCCUUGAAGAACCCUUUCCAGUGGCAUUUCCAAAAUAAAGAAAGAAAGCUAGUGUUCUUCAACUUCCAAAGGCGAUUUAACGCUGUCGAAAAGUUCAGUGACCCACAUCACUAUAACCGUAGUCUAUGCUCUAUGAAUUGCUUCACGAGAUUGAACCUUAAUGACGUUCGCGUGAAAAAUGUUUCCGGCAGCACAAAUGCUGAAAAACAGAUGCAUAUCACGGACUUGGAAUCAAACUCUCACAAUAUAUGCACGUGUGCGAAAAAGGUAAAACUUAUCAAAAAGACAGAGACAAAAGAUAGCAAAAAGAAAGCCUAUACAGAUACUACUGGACCAGCUACUACUUAUUACUUUUUCUCGCGAAAAAAACGCAAUACUUCAAACUCCCUAACAGAACCUCCAAUGAAGAAGAGCAAAAAGUGCACUAACCUAGUAAAAUACAAAAAUAUGGUCGAUGAGCCGAAACUCAAAGAACCUUUAAGCAAAUGUUUGUUGCUCAAGAAACAUAGAGCAAAGAGUCCUAACAAGGAUAUUAACCAACUCUUCCAUCGCGGUGUAGGCGGUGACGUCAUUCCCAAAGAACACAAUCAAGUACAAGCUGUUGAAGAUAAAGAACAUAAAUCACUACAAGAUCUAAUGUCAGUGUCAGAAUAUGACAAAAUAACUGAACACCUUAUGAUUUCACUAUUCGAAAAUCAUAAAAUCACACGCAAUUCUAAUAACAACGAAGUCAAAUACUACAUUAGUCAAGUCGUGAAAGAAUUGUACAAUGUCAAAUUCAGUCAAACUGAUGUUCAUCCAGUAAAAAUGUUGUUCAGAUCACUGUUGGAGUAUUGGCUGAAAAAUACAAGCGGCGAACAAUUCAAAGAGGCGAUGAAACGUGUCAAAUCAGUACAUAAACCAUCAAAUAGGCAUUUUACACAAGAUAAAAUUUUGUCCAGUUUUCUUCUGCAAAAUGCUACAAAGCAAACUCAGUUCCACGGUGUGAGUGACUUCAUAAACGACUAUGAAGUCGCAGAUCAAAUGCCUACUAAAGCACCCAAAUCUAAUCUACCCAAACCAAAACUAGAAAAGAAAGCUAUAAGAUGCCACAGUCCUAAACGAGACACAGAAAGUUUCGAAAAAGAGCGGCGAAUACAAGAACUUGAAAGAAUUCUUAAGAACACAGUAUACGUGUGCGAAACAGUGCGCAGUAAUCAAAGUAGAGAAAAAGACAUUAAAAUAACCAAAAGACUCAUAGACAACCUUGAAAAACUAUCUAAAAGAUCUGGCUUGAACAAUUUAAACGAAGGUCUGGACAAAUCGAAUUCUUCAUCAGAACUGCCUAAAAUACAAGAAACUAUUAAUCACCUUAUUAGUGAAACGUCAAUGCCACCGGAUGUUGCUAAAGAACUUUUAAAUGCUUAUUUAAGCGUACUCCUAAAUGAAAGUAGUAAGAGUAUGACACACAGCAGUUCGCAAUCGAGUGAUGAUAAAAAGUGCAACAAAAACGUACCUCCUAUGUGCGAAGUCCAAACAGAAUCAGUCCAAAGGAAAAUAUCCAAAAAUAUCACCACUACCAACUUUGGGGACAAUGCCAAUCAACUGAGUAAUACUGCAGAUCCUGGAGAACAGUACCUAAAAGAUAUUCUUGAUAAAAUCACAACUAUAUUUUCCAAAGUCGGUAAAGGCGAUCCUAAAAACUUUGAUAAUAACGAUAAAUCAACAGGAGACAAAAAUAACGUACCCAAAGAUGAAUUAGGAAGACCAGUAAAAGAGUAUCAUGGGAAAAAUCUUAUACGUGAAAAUUAUGAUGAAAAUUCUGUCGUUAUAGACCUGUCCAAGUACGAUUUGGAGCACAUAUCGAUGUUCAGUGAUCCGUCACUUAAAGGAAUGAUGUCUAUAACGAUAAAACUAAAAGAAAAACCACCAAAUUUUGGAGAAUCCCAACGCCAUCUUAGUUUGAAAUUUUGCAAUGAAAGUAAAAAUUUAACGCCGCAAACACAUUCCGACGAUUGGUUGCAGAAUUUGGAUAACAACUCUUUGAAGAAAAUCUUCGAACCAAUCGAUGUAAGCUAUAAACAAAACUUGUAUGACUACGAUCCAAAUUGUCCUAAAGACAUGAUUGAGCUGAAGCCCUACAUUAGUAGUAGCAACGCAUCAUCUAGACCUUACUGUCAUAUUGUUCAUGAAAGCGAACAUUCUAUUGAUCUAUCUUUCCAAAGCAGUAACUUCUUCAAAAAAGACUAUCCUGAAGACAACGAAGACACAUCUUGUUAUAUCGUUUCUUCUUUCAAGAAGAAUACUGUUUCGACCCCGUUACAAAAGAAGAAGAAAGUACAUUUAAAGCAUAGUAAUGGUUUGGUUCUGGGGCCUCAGAUUCGUUCCCCAAUUCAGUCUUCAAGCACCAAAUACCCUGAAGAAUACUCGGUGUUUGAACAGCCCACUCCUAAAGUAAUAGAUGAAAAGUUCAUCCUACUACUGUUAGAAAACCUCACUCUUCUUUCCAAGAAUCUUCCAAGUCUGUAUAAAGACCUUAAUGCUUUGUUUUUAAAGCUUAAAAAGAAGCACGAAAAAGUCGUUCGCAAUGGAUGCAAUAUCCAAGGAUUGAGUCUGUUAGGUCGCAUAUACAAUGACGAUUUCAAACCAAAUGACCGUGGAACUCAAUUUGAUGAAGCUGAAUUCAACGAAACAAUGAAUAAUCCUCCUAAAACUCAAGACGUAUCUGUGAAGACUUCUGAUAUUUUACUAACCAUGAAAAAUCUUACUGAUGAAUCUCUUAGCACAACUGUUUUGAAGAAUGAUAUCAAAACUGAAGAAGUCCAGACAGAAAAGGUACAAGAGACAAACGAAGUGAAGCUAAAAAUAUCAAUUUCGCACAUAGGAUUUUCUAAAGAGCAUUUAGGUAGGAAAUCCAAAUCUUUACAAAAUAUGCCGAAUCAAAAGGUCACGACUGAACAAGCUGUAUCCUGUCCAGUAUGGCCUAAAAAGGUAUCAACCAAAGAAUGUGCGAUGAGUACAAUAAUCAAAACUAUUUUGGAUCCUCCUGAACCGAAAUUUUCGAUUGCGCCGGCGAAGAAUUUCGAAAAUGUCCAACUGGUGACCAUUGAGAGGGACUUCCCAAAAAUAUCUAACAGGAAUGCUGUGCUCUGUGUUAGAAAAGAGUUGGUGAAAGGCAUGACUGCCUUGUCGCCGUCGGUAAGGGUUUCUACGCAGUCGCAGACAGACAAAAUAAUAUUGAGACACAGUAAAGAUGUAAAAGCGAACGAAUACAAUGCGUGCAAUGAGUUUAAAGUGUACCACGUGUUUUUGGGCGCGAAGGAACCGCUGCAGAAAUCAAAUUCGAUGAUGGAUUCGUUGUCUGUGACGAGAGAGCAGAGUGACGAUUUGAAAACGAUAUAUCGAUGCAACAGCGAGCCUUCCUUUUGUUCUGGGCUGGUUAGCCCCACCUCGCCGCCCCUUCGGGGGCCCCAAGCUGGCUUCGUGUCUGGCACCCCUGGCGGUCGGCUGGCUAGCUGGAUCAUAGAAUCGGGCGGCCCCCUCGAGAAUGCGUCCCGAGAGCUGGGUCAAGCGCAGCUGUCCGUGCAGCAGCUGCAGCGGCUGCUGGAAGCGCUGGAGUUGCAGCAGCAGGUCCACCAUGACACUGAUGUAUCGCUGGAGGGCGCCUCACCAAACGUCAAGAAAGACCGCCGCAAGUUCGGCCUCCGCAAGAAGAAAUCCAACAGCAAGUGUGCGUCCGUCGAACUAGCCCCGCCACAUAUAGACCCGUCCAGCUCGCAUAUGGCCCUCUCAGCUCUAACCGCCCCGCCUUCCCCCGGGGGCGGAGCGUCAUCCGUGCCCAACUCGGCCGCCUCGCUGCCGAUCGCAUGUGCAGCAGCGAGACCUCAGUCCCUCCCAGGGGCGGAGGCCUUAGGGACCGGCGGGGGUGCAGGUGGUCCAGCCUCUAUUACCAGUCUGACCCCCGAUCAUCAGCUAAGGGAAGACUUUACGGUGUUGGCCAAAGAUCUGGUGGCUAGCUUGAAGGGGAUUGUGUCUACUUUGGUGUGCGAGCGAGGCAGACUGCGUGCGGCGAUGGACGCGGCUGAGACGACCGCAGCGCCGCCAGGGGCGGUGGUGGCAGCUCUCAGAACUAACCUGACCUCGGCGCUGCAGCAGAACUCGGAGCUGCGGUCCCGCCUGUCGCGCAUCCACGACGCGUCGGAUAUCGCUGAAAUAUCGUCCAUGGGCAACAACUCCGAGCCGGUGAACAGACAGUUCCAGCAGUCUCUAAGCUACAGCUCCUCCUGUGUCUCCGCUUCCGAGUUCUUUGACGCGGAGGAGCAUGACGAGGACCUGAAGCCUACGGAAAUACUCGCUGCUGAUGAGGCCGGCGUGAUCGAGCUGGAUGGAGAUUCGUCAUCAGAGGCCGGCUCGCUCAGCAGCGAAGAAGGAUCGGCAAGCUCCGACAACUCAGACGGUGCGAUGCUGUCAGCAGAACAAGUGACCCUCCGCCUGAACCAGAACGGCAUCGAGCCGCGGGCCCCUUGCUGGGCGCGCCGCACCUGCCUGCCCUGCCCGCGCCCCACCCCCGGGGGCCCCUCGCUAUGGAACCUGCUGUACAAGAACAUUGGGAAGGAUCUGAGUCAGAUCUCUAUGCCAGUCACUAUAAAUGAGCCCUUGAACAUGCUACAGCGACUGUGCGAAGAACUAGAAUACUCUGAACUGCUGGACGCAGCAGCGGAAUGCAAGAACGCAGUGGAACGCAUAGCACUCAUCGCGGCGUUCGCUGUGAGCGCGUACGCGUCGUCCGCCCACCGCGCCGCCAGCAAGCCUUUCAACCCGCUGCUGGCCGAGACUUACGAGUGCGUGAGGGACGACAAGGGCUUCCGGUUCAUCGCCGAGCAGGUGUCCCACCACCCGCCGAUAUCGGCCUGCCACGCGGAGUCGCCACGAUGGUGUUUCUGGCAGGAAGCGCGGAUCAAGACCAAGUUCUGGGGCAAGUCCAUGGAGUUCCAGCCGACUGGCCGCGUGCACGUGCGUCUGAUCACUACUGGCGACCACUACAGCUGGAAUAAGGUCACAACGUGCGUGCACAAUCUGUUCGGAGGUCAGCGUUGGGUGGACCAGUACGGAGACAUGCAUAUAACUUGCCACGGCACUGACAUCUCGUGCAAACUCAACUUUAUCAAGGCUAGUUCCUGGUCCAGCACCAGACACGAAGUCCGCGGUUGCGUGACUGGCAAUGGCACACGGCUUCGCUUGCAAGGGAGGUGGUCAGAAGCCCUAUACGCCGGGGAACCACCGGCGGCCCGGUGUCUUUGGAGGCCUGGCGCGAUGCCGCCGGAACACGAGCUGUACUACGGGUUCACGCGGUUUGCGAUGGAGCUAAAUGAGAUGGAGCCUGGCAUGCGGCAGUUGCUUCCCCACACUGAUACUCGGCUCAGGCCAGACCAGCGAGCGUUAGAAGAAGGCGACGUCGACGCGGCGGAACAAUACAAGCACUCGCUGGAACAAAGUCAGCGCGAACGACGCCGCGGCGUUCCCGAGCACACGCCCGCUUGGUUCCGGUGA